UCUGACCUCACAGCCUUGGAGUCACUACCGCCAAAACAUUACUCCUAGGCGUCACCCAAUCUAACUUGACCCACACUCUCUGAGCGACUUUUAUUUUUGGAUGCGUACAAUAUCUUUGUAAAGACAGCGACUCUGGAUUCAUCAUGGCGCCUAAGGGGAAAGAACAGCCAAAGGCUCAGAAGACCGCCGUGGACAAGACCUUCGGUAUGAAAAACAAAAAAGGCGGUGCGGCACAGAGACAGAUCAAACAAAUCCAGCAAGCGGCAGCGGGGUCCAAAACCCCGGAGCAGAAACGCAAGGACGCCGAAAAGGCUCAGAAGGAGAAGGAAAAGAAAGCCGCUGAAGAUGCACGCAGAGAAGCUGCUGAACUUUUCAAACCCGUGCAAGUCCAAAAGGUUCCCUUCGGUGUCGAUCCCAAGACCGUGUUGUGCCAAUUCUUCAAGAAGGGAACUUGUGAGAAGGGGAAAAAGUGCAAGUUUAGCCACGAUUUGGCAGUGGAACGGAAGACAGAAAAGAAGAGCUUGUACACAGAUCACAGGGAUGGUGAGGAGGGGGAGGAAGAGGAGGCAAAGAAGAAGGAUGGUAUGGAAAACUGGGACGAGGAAAAACUGAGGAACGUGGUGUUGAGCAAACAUGGGAAUCCCAGAACCACAACGGACAAGGUAUGCAAAUAUUUUAUCGAGGCGGUUGAGAAUGGAAAAUAUGGCUGGUUUUGGACUUGUCCGAAUGGGGGCGACAAGUGCAUGUACAAACAUAGUUUGCCACCCGGAUUUGUACUCAAGACCAAAGAACAGCGCGCUGCAGAAAAGGCUCUCAUGGACAAAUCGCCUCUUGCUACGCUCACACUAGAAGACUUCCUAGAAUCCGAGCGCCAUAAACUUACCGGUACACUCACGCCUGUUACUGCCGAAUCCUUCGCAAUAUGGAAGAAGAAUAGAAUGGAUAAGAAGGCCGCAGAGGAACAGGCCAAGGCUUUGAAAGAAGCUACUGGCCGUGCCAUGUUCGAGAAGGGUGACUGGCAGAACAGUGAUGACGAAAGCGAUGACGACGAAUCUGGAGCUUGGAAUCUGGACGCCCUGAGACGGGAGACGGAAGCCGCGCGAUCAAGGAGGGAGGAAGAAAGGUUGGCAGCCCAGAUUGGGGCUGAGGCUGGAGCAUCGUGAGAUCACCCGUCAGAGAGCGGCCAUAACCAACCGUGAAGGGUGGAGGUGGAGGAAAUGAGAGUCGAGUCCUCUUAAGCAUGUACGAUGCCUUGUACACGGCGGAGGAAGGCGUAGUAAAAACAAGACUGCCGUCAAGAUCGACUAUGUUUACGGAGAAAAGCUGGGGUGUCUAAAAGUCAUCUUAGCGAUCGGAAGAUCUGCAUCUCACCAGUCGAUCCCGCCUACCGCAGGCAGAGAGAUCCGGUGUCUGGCGUUUUGGUAUUUGCUUCGGCUUCUUGCUACCUUAGCUAAUGUACACGAAAUCGCAUAUAGUUGCCGUCUUGUCCUCCUAAUAACUGGAUUGUGCGUUAUUUUAAGCACAAAAAUUUGGCGCUAUGAUUGCUAGGAACUGCCAUCGAACAGUCUCCUGCAUGUUAUCACGUAAGGUAG